UCAACAUGCUCUGCUCUGGCGGCAGUAGUGGCUUCUUGGUGAUACCUCGGCCAUGACAUACAUUUGACAUGCCCUCCCCUAACCCUCUGAAACACAGCUUCUCUUGCCUUGCAGCAUGGACCAAAGAGAGAUUCUGCAGAAGUUCCUGGAGGAGACCCAGACCAAGACACCGAGCAAAGAAGAGUUCGCCAAUGAAUUUCUGAAGCUGAAAAGACAAUCCACUAAGUACAAAGCAGACAAAAUCUAUCCUACAACUGUGGCUGAGAGACCCAAGAAUAUCAAGAAAAACAGAUAUAAAGAUAUCUUGCCCUAUGAUCAUAGCCUCGUAGAGCUGUCCCUGAUAACCUCGGAUGAAGAUUCCAACUACAUCAAUGCCAGCUUCAUUAAGGGAGUUUAUGGACCCAAAGCUUAUAUAGCCACCCAGGGACCUUUGUCUACAACUCUCCUGGACUUCUGGAGGAUGAUUUGGGAAUACAGUGUCCUGAUCAUUGUUAUGGCGUGCAUGGAGUUUGAGAUGGGGAAGAAAAAGUGUGAGCGCUACUGGACAGAGCCGGGAGAGCUACCACUGCAAGUUGGCCCUUUCUCCAUAUCCUGUGAAGCUGAAAAUAGAAAAUCUGAUUAUAUAAUCAGGACUCUAAAAGCCAAGCUCAAUAGUGAAACCCGAACUAUCUACCAGUUUCAUUACAAAAAUUGGCCAGACCAUGAUGUGCCUUCAUCUAUAGACCCUAUUCUUGAGCUCCUCUGGGAUGUGCGCUCUUACCAGGAGGAUGACAGUGUUCCCAUAUGCAUUCACUGCAGUGCCGGUUGUGGAAGGACUGGUGUGAUCUGUGCUAUCGAUUAUACCUGGAUGCUGCUGAAAGAUGGGAUCAUUCCUGAGAACUUCAGUGUUUUUAGUUUGAUCCAGGAAAUGCGAACACAAAGGCCUUCAUUCGUUCAAACUCAGGAACAGUAUGAAUUGGUCUACAAGGCUGUAUUAGAACUAUUUAAGAGACAGAUGGAUGCUACUGGGGGUAAAAACUCAGGAACGGAGAUUCAAGCAAAGUAUUCAGUUCUUGAGCAAAAUCCCCCCCUAGAAGCAGAGUCUUAUUGUAAUUUACCAAAAAGUGGAAUAAAAGAAGCAAAAAUGAUGAACCCACAGAACAAACAAAGGAUAAGGCUGAAAAGUGCAGACGCUUCUUCCUUUGACCUCAGGACUCCUGAACUAAGUGACAAGGAAGGGUUAGUUUUACACCCUGCUGAGCAGAGCAGUUCUUUUGACAUUUUGGAGCUAAACUGCGGUUGUAACAAAAGCGCCAGUGCGACCAUGAAAUGGGAGCCCAAGGCAUUUCCAAUCAUUGGGGAGCCUCUUCAGAAACAUCAGAGUUUAGACUGGAGCUCUGUUUUGUUUAGUUCUAAACCUGGGAGCAUGGCAGGGGGAUAUUUUAAUUCAAAGGGGCCGAUAACGCGGACCAAAUCAACUUCCUUUGAACUGAUGCAACAAAGAGACCCCAAGGAGCUGGACACCAAGGAGAAUGUUUUGUGUUUGGAAUCCCAACCACACAACUCUUGUCUUGAGAGGGCUCAAAACGCGAUGCGUGUUUCUUCCGCAGAAUUGAAUUAUUCACUGCCAUCUAACUCUCAGCACCAACUGUGCCAGGCCUCUAAUGCAAAGCAGCAGGCCUCUAGUGCUCUUAAGGUACAUUCUUACACGUCUUUGGAAGAUCCUUUUUGUUCAUCCUUGUCACCAAGUAGUACUGGUUCUAAGAUGUCUCUUGAUUUACCUGAGAGGCCAGAUGGAACCGUUUUGCCUCGUUCUCCGUUGCCGGCAUCCCCUACAACCCUCUUCUCGUACAACAAUGCACAUAAUUCUUUAGCAUUGAGCCCUCCGACUGGUUUUCCUCCGCCACUGGACCAAGAUAAAGCAGUAGUCGGAACUUCUCCAAGGAUAGAUGAUGAAAUUCCCCCUCCACUUCCAGAACGGACCCCUGAAUCUUUCAUUGUGGUGGAGGAAGCCGGAGAAUUCCCGCUGAAUGUUCCCAAAUCCUUAUCUUCAGCUGUGAAGAGUGUAAAACUGCAGAGUCCCAAAUCAGAUCCACAUCAGGAUCGGUCUUCUCCCCCCCCCCCUCCACUCCCAGAAAGAACCCUGGAAUCCUUCCUUCUUGCGGAUGAAGAUUGUGUGCAGGCUCAGUCUAUAAGGACUUACUCUGCUAGCUGUCCUAACACCAUGGAAAAUUCAACAUCUUCAAAGCAGACAUCGAAGACUCCUGGAAAAACUUUCACAAGGACUAAGAGUUUGAAAAUUUUGAGAAAUGUGAAAAAGAGUAUCACUAAUUCAUCCCCCGCAAACAAGCCUGCAGAGUCUGUUCCGUCAAAUUAUUCCAGCUCCUUUCUGAACUUUGGUUUCGCAAAUCGUUUUUCAAAACCCAAAGGACCAAGGAAACCACCGGCGACUUGGAAUAUUUAACACAACUCCGGAAUAUGUAGCUGCAAGUGCAUCUGCAAAUAAGACUCCUAGAACACUGCUUGUAACAGAAGUGCUCUAUAGUUACAAUUUCAACAACGGAGACACCGUAAUGUGUUGAUAGCAGUAUUAGAAAAGCCAUAUUCAAAGAAGUGCCGGAAAUUUUCCAUUUUCAUCUCAUUUGCAUUGGGUUGGAAACUGGAAACAAGUUUGUCAACUGGGCUUAUGUAGAGAAUGCUGUAUGAGAACAUUUUAGAACGAACUUAUUUGUGAUUUUGGAAGUUAUUUUUAUUCUACUUUUCUACAUAAAUAGACACUUGAAAAUAUUUGUAAGAAUUGGAUCUCAACUGAAUGUUUACAUUGCCAGAUUUUACAAUAGCAAGUGUUUCACAAAAUCUGACCUGUGGUUGUGGUAAAAAAAUGAUACAAAAUGACUGCUCGUGACAAUGACUGGAAGUUAUUUUUUGCCUAAAUGGAGUAUGCACAUCUUCCUAAAGGUGGAAAACCAGAGUAAUAACAAAGGGAAAAGUUGUGAUUAAGAGAACAAACUACGUAAAUAGUAAAUAUCAUUUUUGUAUUUGGAUAUACCAACUAACAGGAUGUUCAACUACAUUUCUGAUAAAUUUCCAUCAAAGUUCUUCAAUUAACAAAUACAGAAUAAUCAACAAAAUAGUUACCUGUUGGUAGCAUUUUCUUCAUUUCAAAGGUCCUAUAUAAACAUGUGCAACUUAUAUCCAACUAGUUUAAAAAUUUUUUUGGAGGGGGGGAGAAAUGAGGGAGGAGGAGGAGAGAGAGAGAAUGAAUUUAAGCAGGCUCUGGCUAUCACCAGGCUCUCACAACCCUGAGAUCAGGACCUGCGAGGAAAUCAAGAGUCUUAUGCUUAACCAGUUGAGCUAUCCAGGGGCCCUAAAAAUCUUUCUAUAAAAUUAUGGAUCUGCCUUAUUUUAAGAAAAUCUGAUUUUUCAAAUCUAAUUUUAUGUAACAAGUUAAUGGGUAAUUAUUAUUACAAAAGAUUUCCCUGGGUUCCCCUCAUGAUUUAACUUUUUUUGAAGUUUAGAAUAAGUUUCUUUUUAACUCUUAGAACCUAAAAUACUCAAACAGCGUUUGUUCUUCAAUGUCUUUCAUCACAAAGCCAGAGGAGAGCGCAAACUGGAUAAAAUGUUAACCUGUUUAUUGUAGUACUUUGUACACAAUAGGUGCUCAAUAAACUGUUUUGUCUUUAACUCUA